AUGUCGUACGAUCGAACUGAGAUUUACGCGGCUCCAGUUCUAGCCGGAGAGGAAAUCGGUGAGAACGACAAUUCUGAAAUUAUCAAGUCUUUCCACAAUUUUAUACUAGAGUUCAGAUUGGAUGCCCAUUUUGUAUACAGAGAGCAACUUCGAAGCAAUCUGCUGGUCAAACGGUAUUGUAUUACCGUCGAUACUGCACACUUGAUAGGCUACAACGAGGAUCUCUACAAAAAGCUGUGCGAUGAGCCCACAGAUGUACUCCCGCUGUUCGAGCAAGCAGUGACGUUAGUCGCUCGAAGAAUAGCACUUUUGUCCCGCGAUAUCAGUUUGGAUCCCAACAGUACGAUAGAAAAUGUCAAUGGAGACGGUGCCAAUGGAUCCGAGUUCGCAAAUUUAGGAUUUGAAAUCCCCGUAUGUCAAGUCAUGGUUGUCUCGAACGCUUCAGAAACCUCUUUGCGGACACUGGGAUCAGAAAAUGUCUCCAAAUUUGUCCGUGUCAGUGGCAUCGUGGUCUCUGCUUCAGUGCUUUCGUCGAAGGCAAUUUUCCUCACACUCAUGUGCAGAAAUUGCCGACAUGUAACCACAAUGCGACUCAACAGUUUUGGAUCACUUGGUGGGACCCACAUAACGCUUCCAAAAGUAUGCAUGGCUGACCACUCUCGGGAAACCGGUGGAAACCCAUGCGGCCAAGAUCCGUACAUGAUAGUACACGAGUCUUCGCGUUUCGUGGACCAGCAAUUUUUGAAGCUACAAGAGAUUCCAGAACUGGUACCGGUUGGUGAAAUGCCCCGUAACAUUUUGAUGUCAGCAGAUCGCUACUUGACCAAUAAGAUAGUUCCGGGUACCAGGGCCACGAUCGUGGGUGUAUACUCUAUCUAUCAAGCCAAAAGUCGUGGUGUCGGGACGGCUGCAAGUGGAGGAAGAGCCGUAGCCAUCAGAAAUCCAUAUAUCAAGGUUCUGGGAAUUCAGACUGCCCUUGAUGGAAACUCUAUCAACAGCACCACACACUUUUCUGAGAAAGAGGAAGAGGAGUUUUUGACUCUAAGCAGACGCCCCGAUCUGUACGAGGUCUUUUCGAGGUCCAUCGCUCCCAGCAUUUACGGGAAUGAAGACAUAAAGAAAUCCAUAGUAUGUCUACUCAUGGGAGGAUCCAAAAAGCUUCUGCCGGACGGUAUGCGCCUAAGAGGUGACAUAAAUGUGCUAUUGCUGGGCGACCCAGGAACUGCCAAGUCUCAACUUCUGAAAUUUGUUGAAAAAGUGAGCCCGAUUGCCGUUUACACCUCAGGUAAGGGUUCGUCCGCAGCAGGUCUUACAGCGUCUGUUCAACGUGACCCAGCUACUCGCGAGUUUUACUUGGAAGGAGGUGCUAUGGUUUUGGCAGACGGCGGUGUGGUUUGUAUUGAUGAGUUUGACAAGAUGAGAGACGAAGAUCGAGUUGCCAUUCACGAAGCCAUGGAACAACAGACUAUAUCCAUCGCGAAAGCCGGUAUCACUACGGUCUUGAAUUCGAGAACCAGUGUUAUGGCUGCAGCCAACCCAAUUUACGGACGAUAUGACGAUUUAAAAUCGCCCGGUGAGAACAUCGACUUUCAGUCCACCAUUCUGUCUCGUUUUGACAUGAUUUUCAUCGUGAAAGACCACCACAACGAGGAAAGAGACAUUUCUAUUGCCAAUCACGUCAUGAACAUACACACCGGGCGAACCGCUGUCCAGGAGGGCGAAGAGGAGCUUGCCGGUGCAGAAAUACCCAUAGAGCAGAUGAAAAGGUACAUCACGUACUGUCGCAUGAAGUGCGCGCCACGGCUGUCUUCACAAGCUGCUGAAAAGCUUUCUUCACAUUUCGUGGGCAUUCGCAAGAAAUUGCUCAUCAACGAGCUGCAGAGCGAGCAGCGCUCGUCCAUUCCGAUCACAAUCCGUCAACUCGAAGCCAUCAUUCGUAUCUCUGAGUCACUGGCCAAGCUGGAGCUCAGUCCAGUUGCCCACGAAAGGCACGUGGACGAGGCUAUCCGACUAUUUCAGGCGUCCACGAUGGACGCGGCAUCUCAAGACCCAAUCGGCGGUCUGGGUCAGAAUCCAGAUCAGGUACAAGAUGUAAGAAGAAUUGAGGAAGAGCUCAAAAGACGUUUGCCCGUUGGCUGGUCCACGAGCUACCACACACUGCGUCGCGAAUUUUGCGAGCAGAAAAAUUACUCCGCGCCGGCCCUUGACAGAGCUCUCUACAUUUUGGAGCGCCACGGCGCUAUCCAACUACGCUACCAAGGUCAAAACAUAUACCGAAGUGGUGCUUGA